UGUGCUGCACGAGCCACGCUCAACCUAAGUGCGCGCGACACAUCUAUCCACACAUGCCUGGAGAAGAAAUCACAAUGCCACCAGUAGCAGUUUGAACGGAAAAUGGUUAUAUUAUGCACUACAUUUGCUUGACAUAAGUGCACAAAGAUUAGCGGAUGGGGAACUAUAAUCACUCCGUGGCGCGCUGUAGCUGGAGGAAACUUCCAUGCGCUCGGUCUGAUCACCGGAUUCUCUGAGAGGGAAUGAGACGCGUGAAGUCGGGAAAGUUAGACUGAAGGAAAAUGUCGGCGACACAUGCCUCACCUUUGUCCAAUAAAACCAACCAGUAUGAGGACGUGGACGCGGUUGAGGGCAACUGGCAGCUUCUCUUUGGUUUAUCCUUCGCCAUCGCUGCUGUCACUAGCUUGGGAGGUUUGUACUCGCUUAUGUCGCUGCUCAGGAUGAGAAGUAAGUCUUCCCUCUGUCUGAUAGUGGCUUCUUUAUCUAUAGACGACCUGAUCAGCGUCGUGCCGCUCACGCUCUUCAUGAUCUUGCAAUGGAGGAGCGGAGACGCGAACCGGUCGGGCGCAAUGUGCACUCUUUCCGGACUCCUGUAUGUUUUCCAAGGGUUGUCAAGUAAUAUGAAAGCCUGUCUCAUAGUUGCCUACACUUUUUACGUGACAAAACGCUUUGGAGUGUAUCAGACGGCUAACCGAUCUCUCGGGGUAUUUGUGGCGGUGGUGGCGGUGUGGAUGGUGAGUCUCGCGGUCAGCGUCUUGCCUGUGUGUGGCUGGGGUCGCUUCACCCCCACUUCUCUCGGCUGUCUCCCGGAGAACGACAGCCUGUACGUGCUACUUCUGUUCGCUGUUUACUCACUGUGUUUCUGCGGGCUGGUAGUUUGCUCGGUUCCUCUCAUCUACCAGCUCAUGUGCUCCAAGGAGGCCCUGAGAACAUUUUACCCGAGCUAUUUUGAAAUUGCCGGGUCUGCGCCGCUGUGUGAGAUCCCCUCUCUGUCACGGGAUAGCUUGGAGAAAAGUUUGGGAGCUUACAAUAAAUUCAUCUCAAACAGUGGCAGUUUUAAGAACAAAACGGAUACAUAUUCCUUCUCAUACUCACCAGCAACUGGUAAUUUUCAGAAAGAUGAAGCUCAAAGUGUACGACAUUCCCGCGUGUUUUUCUCUCAGAAGCGCUUCUCGAUGAUUCUGGCCAUGGCGCGAAUUAUUCUGUGGAUGCCAAUGAUGACCCAAAUCCUGGUGAGUCAUGCUGUUCACAUGCACAGCUCGUCCUUGGAGACUCUCUGUUUUUUCCUGACCUUGCUUUCUGCGGCGGUCACCCCUGUGUUCGUGCUUUCCGAGCGCUGGAUCCAUCUGCCAUGCGGCUGCUUUAUCAACUGCCGUCAAGGUUUAGGAUCCGAGCUUUCCAACGCAAAGAAAAGGAGAUUUGAAUUCAACCUCUCAUUUCAACAAGGCUAUGGCAUUUACAAGAUCUCCCAUGUCAAGUCUCCAUCCAUUGAGAAACCCUCUUUUAACAGUUUAUACAGCUGUGAUCUCUCUGAGAGCAGAGUGGCGGUGCUGGACAGCGGUCAGAUCGGUAAGUUCAGCACCACAGCAGCGGAGGACAGCUCCCUCCACAGUGAGCUGCUGCUUGAAGAGAGAGCAGCCAGCCAGCCUCAGAGCUCCACAGAAAGGGACGGACUGUGCAGUGUCUCACCUCAAGUUUCAACUUGCGAUCAUGAGGAUCUUCACCUUGACAAUUCGUCUGUGUUCGAUGGUCCCGAGAGGAGGCUGUCACAUGAGGAGUGUCGUAAAAUCGAGCUGACUGACUGGGAGUGGUGCAGGAGUAAAUCAGAAAGGACACCCAGACAGAGAUCCACGGCUGGGUUGGCCAUUCCAUUAUGUGCCUUCCAGGGCACAGUUUCCCUCCAUGCCCCCACGGGCAAAACACUGUCCCUCUCCACCUAUGAAGUCAGCAGCGAUGGUUUAAGGAUCUCUCCUAACAACGCAAAGAAAGUUGAGGUGUACCGCUCCAAAUCAGUGGGUCAUGAACCUAGUGCUGAAGAGCACAACUCUAGCAAUGGGGGUGGUGGAGUUGGAGUACGGGGUGGAGUCGCAGACACCAAUGUAAAAAUCCACCUGGAGGUUUUGGAGAUCUGCGACAACGAGGAGGCCAUGGACAGCGUGUCUAUUGUCUCCAACAUCAGCCAGUCAUCCACACAUGCACGUUCACCCUCACUACGCUACUCUCGUCGUGAGAACCGCUUUGUCUCAUGUGAUCUAGGAGAAACAGCCUCGUACUCGCUGUUGAUCCCCACGAGUAAUCCAGAUACGGACAACAUUAACAUCCACAUUCCGGAUACAGUGGAAGCGCAUAGACAAAACAGCCGGAGACAACACCAGGAGGCUGGAGGUUACCAGGAAGAGAUACAGCUGCUUAAUGAAGCCUAUAGGAGGCAGGCAGGUGAUCAGGGAAACUGAAAUAACCAGAAACACCAGGCUAUGCCAGUGGGCUGAGAAAUCCUAAGGAAGAAGUAGAGAAGGUUUGGAUGAGAUAUAGUUAUGAAGGCUCAUAGAGUUGCAAGUUCAUGGUAGAUUAAAGCACCCAGACCUAAAAAUAUUAUCAUCUAAGCACAACUAGUGUUAGCAGCAAGAUCAGAUGUCACAAUGUGAAAAUCACAAGAGAGUCAUUUGUCUGCCAAACUGUUUGCUUUAGUAAGCAACUGUGGGAUAAAAAUAUGCAGGAAGCAUGAUAAGAUGUUGUUAAUUCCUUUAGAAUUAAAAUUCAAGGUAUGUUAUAAGGAAGAGGAGGUUUGGAAGGGGGAGUGAUUUAUUUGCUCUAAAGAUGAGACAGAGUUGGUUUGUUCUGAUCUGUCCUUGAUUUCAAGCCUCAAGAAUGAUAGAUCAUGGGGUUACAACAGUAAUGGUGACUCUCGGAUGCUUAGAAGUGGAGAUGUCUUGGUUUGAAUGAAGCACUGGAGAAUAAGGCUGAAGUCCUUGAGUGGAUGAAAGUGACGUAUAUGCUGAAAUAAAGGUUAGGAACAGACUUAACUCGCUCAACUCAGAUGUUCUGUCUUUUAUUAAAUGCAAAUGUAAGUGCAUAGACAGAAAACCUUGAGGAGAGAGUUGAAUUGAGAAGGGUAAAUACCGUUGCACAUAUGUGCGGUUGUGGUGAGACAGACAAAGAAUAGGAUUGCAAAGGCAUGUGUGCAAGAAAAAGCUAAAAUAAAUACUUUUUAGUAUUCUAGCUCAGGCAGAAACUAUAUGGCAUAUAAAAAAAAACAUUUCAAAUGUUUGCAUCACAAUUCAUUAUGCUUUGUUUUUUUAAAUUAUGUUGCUGUGCGUAACAGUCAAGGUGUAUUCUCACACUGAGUUGUCUAGUGUGUGUGUGUGUGACUGUUUAAAGGAUGUUCUGGGUUGCACUUAUGGCAUAAUGUUUUUUUUGUUUUUUUGUUUUUUUUAAAAAAGCCAAAAUCUGAAUUACAGAGAGACUUUUAAAAAAAAGAAGUGAAUGUUAAAAUAUGCAACCUAAAACACAAUAUGUAUUAUGAUUUCAAAGAGCAAAUUAAGCAGUGUGAUAAAAACACAGACAAAUCUCUUUUGUGUAAAUUUUGCUGCAGUGAAAAUGUAACACCUAAAACCCUAAAAUGACAAAAACAACAUAACAGCUCAAAGAAUACACAAGUUGAAAAGAAAAGUUAAUGUAAGUUGAAAAGAAAUGUUAAUGUACUGUAAAGCCCAAAGUAUACUUUGUUUUUGUAUGCGUAUGCUAGCGAAUGCGUACUGUUGAACACAUAGCCUUUCAAAGUAUACUUCAUUUGAUGUUGUGUGCAAAUGCAGGUGGUCGACACAUGCACUCUAGAAAGCUUCAUCCAUGUCCAGUGUUUGCUCUAUUUUUCCCUGUAAGUUAUGACCAAUAACAAAUAUUAAAAACUCUUUUAAACCAAAACUGAACUGUCUCAUACCCUCUCGCUCACAAGUGCUUGUCAGUGUGAUCAUCUGUUGUUGUCGCUAUUUUUUGUUGUUCUGUCUCUAUAGUUUCAUUUUCUAAGUUGAAACAAUGGUGUUGCCACCUUGUGGAACUGAUUACGGCAAAACUAAUUCAAUGCACAUGUACAAAGUAUGUGCAGUUACAAAAAUCGGUUGGUGCGUGUACUAUUCUGAUGACAAAAUGUGCAUGACACGCAGUGUACGCUGUCCCUCGCGUAUGCAUAAAAAGUGAAGUAUACUUUGAGCUUAGUGCUUUUGUAAUAUUGGAACAUUCACAUUUUUGUGUCUUUAUUCACUUCCAUUGCAAGUGCCUCACAGUAACCUUGACUAUUUUUCUUUUUAAAAAGUGUAAAUCAUUCAGCAUGUCACGUCAUGCCACAAAUACUGUUGAUUGCUUGCAUUAACCCCAGAAUAUUCCUUUAAUUGCAAUCCUAGUAUGUAUGAAUAUGUAAAUACUGAUAGCUGUAUGUAUGCUUGCUUCUUUAUGUGGGUAUUUGUACAUGUUUUUUGUUGUAAAAAGCCCUGAACUUACAUUCUGCUUUAUAUGCAUUCCCUAAAUGACUGCUGAGAAAAAGCAAAAGAAAUUCUGUCAAUGGAACAUUCAACAAAUGUAGACGUGAGCCUGAUGCAUGAGUCUAUUUUAGGUGUUAAUGUGUGUGCAAAUGUGCUCAUUUUUGAGCCACUUAGGAAUUUUCAGCGCACUGCUUUUGCAAUCAGAAACGUGACCCUGGCCACUCGCUUGCAUUUAAUACUGGCAUAUAUUCAGCUCUCAAAUGGACCAUUCAUGGAUGAUUCAGUGGAUCCCAGUAAAAUGAAGGCAUGAUUAUGCUGCUUUUCAUUUGAGCUCUGCCGUAUCAGUAUGUGAAACUACUAUUUAAAAAUGUGAAAAUUAAAUGCAAAGGCCAUUCACGGAGGCUCAUGUAGCUCUAAUAACUCAAAAAAAUCAAAUUAUUCACUGUAGAUAUAAUUUCUUGUUAUUUUUUGUCAAAAUCAAUGUUUUUUUUUUGUUUUGUUUUUAAAUAUAUAUGUGUUGUAUAUUUAGAAUAGUAGAUUUGUCUUAGCCUUGUGAUGUCAAGCAGCAAAAUAGCUGAGGCAUAAUGCUACAAAAUAUUUUCAUCUAUCCAGUGUUCUCAUUAAAGAUUUAUUUACAGAAAAUAG